AUGGAACAAUAUACAGAAAUUACAUGGCCAGCAGAGUUUUCUGAAUUGAAGCUGAAUCCUAACAGAAUUUUAGAAGAAAUUCUGAUAAAUUUUGCAAAAGUAAGAAAUAAAUUACAUUGUCUUGUAAAACUAAAUAAUAACUCAAUUGAAAGCGGAAUAAAUCAGAGCGAGACAUAUUUGUCACAAAAUAGUAAUCAAGGUACAAGUAAUUGCGUAACAAUAGAAGCGACUGAUCCAGUAAAUAAAGGUGUUGAUGAGAAAAAUGAGAAAAAUGAUGGACAAUCCAAUAAUUGUGAGACGUUUAUAGAUUCUAAUAAACUGGUGAAAAAUAAUAAUCUUGAAAAUAAUGCGAAUUCUUUAGAAGUUAAAAAUGAAGAUAAGUUUAAAUCAUGUCCUGUUUGUCAACUGAAUCCUAACAGAAUUUUAGAAGAAAUUCUGAUAAAUUUUGCAAAAGUAAGAAAUAAAUUACAUUGUCUUGUAAAACUAAAUAAUAACUCAAUUGAAAGCGGAAUAAAUCAGAGCGAGACAUAUUUGUCACAAAAUAGUAAUCAAGGUACAAGUAAUUGCGUAACAAUAGAAGCGACUGAUCCAGUAAAUAAAGGUGUUGAUGAGAAAAAUGAGAAAAAUGAUGGACAAUCCAAUAAUUGUGAGACGUUUAUAGAUUCUAAUAAACUGGUGAAAAAUAAUAAUCUUGAAAAUAAUGCGAAUUCUUUAGAAGUUAAAAAUGAAGAUAACAGUGCUAAAAAACGCCCACAACUACCGAAGCUGGUAUUAAAUCUAAUGAAAGAUAGUGAACUAAAAAAAAAACUAAAAGAAGUAGGUCUUCCCAUCAAGGGUGUAAGAAAAGUUUUGGAAGCUCGUUAUCAACGUUACUGUACAAUUUACAACGCCGAGUGCGAUAAAAAAAAUCCACGAAGUGCUGCAGAACUGUUGAAACAAUGCAAUAAUCUUGAAAAACUAGAAAAAUCAAUAGAACCACUUCCACUGAAUAUGCGCAGUAAGAAAUAA